ACGACGAAUACAAAUAUGGGAAUACCUGAUAAUAUAGUCAUAAGCCACUUACCAAACGGCCCUACCGCGGUUUUUAAUAUUUCUAGUGUUGUUAUGAGACAUGAUGUACCUUUUAUUGAAAAAAUGAGCGAACAAAGUCCCCACUUAAUCUUUCACAAUUUUAAAACCAAAAUUGGGCAGCGAGCAGUAAAUAUAUUAAAACAUCUUUUCCCUACUCCGAAAGGGGAUUCCAAAAGGGUAAUAAUUUUUGCUAAUCAUGAUGACUUUGUAUCAUUUCGUCAUCAUUUAUAUAAGCACGAAAAUAAAGAGAUGGAAUUAAUAGAAAUUGGCCCUAGAUUUCAACUAAAGUUGUACCAAAUAAAAUUGGGAAUAUUAGAUGAAAUUCAAGCUUCGGAUACUGAAUGGAUUUUGAGAUCUUACAUGAACAGUUUUAUCGUUGAGUAGAGUAGAGUUUUAUCGUUAGAAAAUGGUUGGAAUCAGAAUGAGUUUUAA